AUGAAGUUAUAUCCACCAGUAAUUCCGGGUUGUUCCACAUUGUCGCUACACCGUAAGUCUCCAAGCAGUAUCUUUGUUGCUAGUCCGUACAAUACCCUUCGAGCCGCAAGUGUGGCGAAGUACCAUCAUGGCUAUGAAAGAGGAUCCACAGCUGUAGAUCGGAGAAGGGCUGGUUCAACGGCAAGUCGCAAGCCAUCAGUGGAAGGCGCUAGUCACAAACGAUCGAAGAGUGCUGGUCCUUUGCACAGGAGCUCAUCAGCACGUAGCUCUAUUAGAUCGCGUUACAGAGAGAACAGUCAAGCAUAA